UUGAAUUUAUCACUGGUAUUGCAAUUGGCAAGUCAAGAGCAGAAUGUCGAUCCAGUAGUGAGGGAUCAUGCUGUGGAAAUCUUAACACGACAUAUCGAUGAUGCGUUGAAAUAUCAACGAGAUUACGGAAGUCGAAAUAAAAGCGUUCGUUAG